AUGUCGGCAAUCAUCGUCAACAGUCCCUUGUAUGCGUUCGACAACUCUCCUCCAAACCCCACCCAGUUCAUGAGUCAGUCGUCCGCACAUCCACGCUCCUUCAUGACCCUCGCACAUGCAGACCAACGCCAGCCCCUCCAGCCCGUCAAGUACCAGCAGUACACCCCCAUGGAACCACCCCAGGGCAUGUCCUAUGCCGCCUUCCUGCGCACCUGGAGCGACGAUAUGGUUGCAAGAUGGCUGAACGAAAUCAAGUGUGGGUGCCACGACGAGACCUUCAGGACGAACGAUAUCAGAGGCGAUGUAUUGCUCGAACUCGACCAAGUCACUCUCAAAGAGAUGGGCAUCUCAAGUAUCGGCGACAGGCUGCGCAUCCUCAAUGCCGUCAAAGUUCUGCGACAAAGGGCAUCCGGCAAGACUGUUGCCACUCUAACCGCCCACAGGAGAAGCAGCAGCGUCGACGCUGAUUCAAAGGCAACAGACAAACUCGACACCCCAGGAAGCCGCCAGGGCAAUCGCAGGCUCGAGAACGUCCGCCCUGCGCCGUUGCAACUCGCCAACUCGAGCGCGAAUCGCGCCGACCUGCCUGCGAUCAUCCGCGAGCAGCCCCCAGAUUCAGCCAAAGCAGCCGCGCACCAGACAGUUCGACCACUGCCGAUGCCCACAACCCAACAACCAACGCCUCCAUCGAAUACACAACUGAAUACGCCGAGUAGCGCUCAUUCUGUUACCCCGAGUCUCCGGCCGAACCUCCCGCCCCUCCCACCCCCUCCUCGUGGACAACCCCCCCUGCCGCCAGGCCGUGUCUCUACGCGAACGCUGCCGAGCUGGGCAAACUCUCCUCAACCCGAAGUGUCCACGCCCCAGAACAACACAAGUGGCCACCUUACACCUUCAGGCACCUGGUUCAAUCACCAUCUGCCCGCUGAUCCUCGGCCAGGCAAUCCAGGCGGCGGAAAGCCGCCCAUUCAGCGAUCAAUAUCACCCAUCCCCCCCGCACGCGUCCGACAAACCCAGUCCACUACAACUCAUGGCCGUACGGGCUCCGUGGCUAAUUCGGGCUCUCCAGCCAAAACACCCGCCUCGAGAACGGGCGGCAAUGCACACCCCUAUGCAAGCGCUCAACCAGCGUUGCAUGCCCCCUCGAAUUUGGCGUCCAAUCUCUCUCCGAUUGAUGAGUCCUUCAGCCAUCAUAAUGGAUCCAAUACCCCAUCACCACCUACGUACAACGCGUAUACCGUCGGACGUGGUCCAUUCAACCCCGGUGCGUCUGGUAGUAACCAAUACAGCUUGGACGACCUGCGCCGGAAAUUGGUCAAGUUCGUCCUGCCUGAUGAAGGUCUGUCAUUCACUAUUGAUGUUACAUCAUGCACCGGAGGCGUCGAGGUUCUCGAAAAGGUCCUCAAGAAAUUCGGCAAGGGGAGCGCAAGAGGCGACGGGAACCUAGAUGUUUCUCAAACGGAAGAAGGCGGGCUCUCCGUUGAUGGUUGGGGUGUCUUCAUGGAAAUGGGUCAGGAGAGCGGCAUCGGCCAACCUCUAACCGAGGGCGAGCUUCUGUCCAUAUGCCAUGCACCGGACCACCCAACACGCGAACACGGCCUGACGCUCAGACGCUUACGCAGGAACGAAGAUAGGAGUAACAGCCCCUCGUCGCAGAGCCUAGCCGCCAAGAACGCCACGAAGCGCGCGAGCUCCAUAAGCGUACUGAGCGGGUUGGGUGUCCGUGAUCCAGAACGGGCGCUUGAGCCUCCAUCACCUACGACGAGUGGGUUCAGCCCUGCGACACAGAAUGCACAGAACAAUGCGAAGCGGCCGUCCAAGCUGCGCAACUUCUUCGGCCAGCGUCCGCCCAGCGAGCUCAUCACGACACAUCUGACUGAAUUCUUCCCGAACACUGAAAAGAAGGUCCUCCAGCGUACUGCGCGUCAUAGCAUGAUGAGGAGACGCGAGAGUGUCGCAUCGUAUAUGGCCCCUCGGUUUAGCAACAGCACUCAAAGCUCGGGCUCUACCCUUGUUCCCCCUCCUGUCCCUGAGAAGGGCGGUGACCUCCCAAGAGUCUCUCUUUCCACCGAGGAUGGACACUCCGUCGACCUCCGCCUGGACGGUCGCGAUAGCAUGAACAAGAAGCAGCUUCUUCCCCCCAUCCCCUUCCCCUCACAGUCAUUGUCCGAUUCGAUGGAAGAAAUCACGAGCGGCCAGCGCCAACGCCCUGUUUCGCGCGCCAUGUCGAUUGCGUCGAAGCGCAUGAGCUACAUGACCGAGCUGCGCAGCAAGCGCGACCGCUCGGACACCGCGAGUCUGAUGACCGUCGAUGAGAUCACUGCCGAAGUCGAGAGCCGCAGAGCCAGUGGGGAUUACAACCGCGAAGAGGACUUGGAUGGCUGGACCAAGGUUGACACGGAGAUCGAGAACAUGGUCCCCAAGGCUGUUGCAGACGACGAAACUGACGCGGAUGAAAAUGUGGUGUCGGAUUCAGAAGAUGAGACUUCGGAAGACGAGGACGAGACUUUACGUGAUGAGGAAGAUGAGGAACUUAGUCUUGACGUCGAUGACGAUGGUGUUAUCCGGAACGUUGUCAAUGCUAAGAAAGCGAGCAAGUGGAUCAAGGGUGCUCUCAUUGGUGCUGGUUCAUUCGGAAAGGUGUAUCUUGGUAUGGAUGCUUCCAACGGUCUCCUCAUGGCUGUGAAGCAAGUCGAGCUGCCCACUGGUUCUGGGCCCAACCAAGAGCGCAAGAAGAGCAUGCUCAGCGCCCUCGAACGCGAGAUCGAGCUCCUCAAGAACCUCCAGCAUGAAAACAUCGUCCAGUAUCUCUUCUCUUCCAUCGACGAAGAGUAUCUCAAUAUUUUCUUGGAGUAUGUUCCCGGAGGCUCAGUCACUGCUUUGCUGCGCAACUACGGUGCUUUUGAGGAGCCUUUGGUAAAGAACUUCGUCAGGCAGAUCCUGCAAGGUCUCGACUACCUUCAUGAGCGCGAUAUCAUCCAUCGUGACAUCAAGGGCGCCAACAUCCUCGUCGAUAACAAAGGUGGUAUCAAGAUCUCUGAUUUCGGUAUUUCGAAGAAAGUCGACGACAAUCUUCUAACCGGCAAUCGUAUCAAUCGACCUUCGCUUCAGGGCUCAGUGUUCUGGAUGGCUCCUGAAGUCGUCAAGCAGACUGCCCAUACUCGCAAAGCUGAUAUCUGGAGUGUUGGUUGUCUGGUCGUGGAAAUGCUUACUGGCGAGCAUCCUUGGGCGCAGCUUACCCAAAUGCAAGCCAUCUUCAAGAUUGGAUCCUCGGCAAGGCCUACGAUCCCGUCAGAUAUCUCAACAGAGGCCCAAGAUUUCCUCAAAAAGACGUUCGAAAUCGACCACGAGGCACGGCCUACGGCUGCUGAGCUCCUGCAGCAUUCAUGGAUCGCAGCGUCGAAGAAAACCACUACUUAG